AUGUGCCCAAACCCCCACAAUUUACCACAGAUAAUCUACGAUGAGGGCCCCCUCUACAUAUUCGCCAAGAGCGACGAGGUCCGAAAGCAGUGGAUCCACCAGCUGAAGCAUGGUCAGUAUACAGCAUCAUCAUACACCUAACACUAAAGUGCCCGACAAAUAAUAGACAAAGAGAGACGUGAGAUACAAACAUUUCCUAAUGGCCCAUAAUCUACCAGCCCCAUUGUCUAGUCAGAUCUCGGUGUCUAUGUAAAUUGCCAAUGUUGAUCCAAUGUAAAUGUCAUCCCACUUUCUGUGCCCCCUUGUUAAGUGAUGCGCUUCAACAAGGACCUGAUGCAGAAGUACCACCCGUGCUUCUGGAUGGACGGCAUGUGGCAGUGCUGCCAGCAGGAAGUCAAGCAAGCCAUGGGCUGCAGGGUGCUGGAGGCCAAGAAUGUAGGUCAGUGAUGUGGUGGGAAAGCCUCCCAUAAAACUGUUCGGUAAAAACAGAAUGUGUUCUCUACCAGUUUAUGUAAUGAGGAAGUAAAUGGGAACAUUUUACUUAAGCCUGCGGGUAUAAUGCACCAUGAUGCGGUUAUAUGCAUCACAGAACCAUAUAUUGAGAUUAACCUCAGUAUAUGGCUCUGAUGCAUUGUAAAACAUGUCUUAUGCAUGUAUGACCCCCGUUUAAUGUCAUAUAAUCAUCUCAUAAUGACCCAGACUAAUACCAGCCAUUUUUAAUCAGUAUAAAUGUUAAUACCUAGAGAGACAUGCUUACAACAAUGUAAAGCUUGUACCUGCAGGCUUUAAGUAAAGUGAUAACAAGUAGAUGAGGAAAUAACUACUAUAGGUACAGUAACUGCAGACAAGCAUCAUCUGUAGUCACAGAGAACAAAACUUGAAGAUUCCCUUUCCUUUAUAGGGCUUUCAAAUACUUGUCGGAGGCCGUCCAGAAAACCACUUCCGCCUACGCCAGAAGAGGUCAGUCUUACAUGUUCUCCUUACACUUAAAUCCAGUUACAGUAUCUCUACUGCUGAUUGAUACAGGAAGGAUAUAUGAACUGUCUUUCUCAAUGUUGUCUCCCAUUUUGUCAGGAGAAACCUUUGAGGCCUUUACCUCCGCAGCCUCCCGAGCAGCCUGCGCUCUCUGCAGGCAUGGCGGUGGUCGCUGAGUAUGAGUACACGCCUUCCACACCCCAGGAUCUGGAGCUGAGGAAGGAUGAGGAGUACACCAUUCUGGAGAUGUCUGAUGCCAACUGGUGGAGGGCCAGGGACAAAUACGGGUCAGAGAGGAGAUUGCAAAGACACAGAUGCGGGAAAGGGUUGUGCGUGCACGCAAUGCAUGUAGUAUGUGUAUGUGUGUAGGUGCUCAAAAGUUGGUUGUUUUACCUGGUUGUAAUCUGGUUAUGUGACAGAAAACCCGAUUUCAACAGGAAAAUUAUACCAUUAUGAUGUAGAAUGACAAAUGUUACCUGCUGUGUGUGUGUGCUGGAAGAGCACUUCUAAAACAUAACACAAUAUAGCCCUAUCACCAAGAAGCACAAGAAAACCACAUUAAAAAGCCCUAACCAACCCUUGGCCCGGUAACUAAGCAAUACCACACUCCCAAGAAUAGAGUUGAGGACUGGUGAGAUGAUCAGUAGAUCUAGGUUAAGGGGUAUUGUCAUUUUAAAGUCACUGAUGCAUUCAAACUGUUUGCAUGAUAUAUGUGCUGUUUUAGCAUUUUAACAUGCUACAUUUUCAUGAUGCAAAAUAGUUCAAAUCUGUGUAAAAAUGUACAGUAAAACUCAUUUUAAUCUGGCAGUGUGAUUUUAAUUUGACAUUUUCCUUCACCAGAUGUUCAAAUGUGCGUCAUAAAAAGGCACCAUUUAUACAUUACUGAGUUUACUAAACUCAGUUAAAUAAUCCUAUGUAUAUAAUGCAUAUUGUUGAGGAAAAGUGUUAAAUUGAAUCACACAGCUAGAUUAUAAUUUGGAUUAAAAUUCUACGUUUACGGUAUGUUUUGCACAGAUGUGAACUGUUUUGCAGCAUGAAGAUGUCACCCUAUGUCUUUAAUCUACUAAAUGCACAUUGAUUUAUCAGGAGAUUUUCUGUGUGGCCUUCAUUUGCAGGAAGGAGGGAUACAUUCCCAGUAACUACGUUGUGGAGGCUGGAAAUGAACUGGAAAGGUUUGAGUGAGUAUGGAAUUAUCUUGCUGUUAAACAUUGCAUUAACAUGAUAGGAUUAAAUCUGAAACCCUAAACCUCUCUAAUCUUGUGGGAACCAAAGAAUGAGGAACCAAGUCACCUAACCUUCCGAACACAUGAAAUCCCUGCACCAGGGCCAUGUUCAGUAGGAGCGCUCAACAGAAAACGUUAGAUAUUUUUUUUCAACUUAUUGGACAAAUCGAGGUGGUCCCUCCCAGUUUUCUUCCAUUUAGUGCCUAAUUAACAUGACUCAGCAGAAUACUGCUUCAUGGGACCUGCUUUAAUACCCGUUGCUAUGAGGUCAGGUCAACCAUAGUGGGUUUAAAGCAUGCACAUUUCACCUUCUCUAUUUCUCAGCUGGUACUGCAAGAGCAUGAACCGCAGCCAGGCAGAGAAUCUGUUGAAGACCGAGGUAAUGCCAAUGAAAAAACAGUUGUCAUACUGUUCUUCUCCUAUGCUUACACCAGCCACACAAGAGCAUACACUGCAUUUGAAAUAAUUGAGGAUAACAUAAAAAAGUUAAUUUCAUUGUGGUCCUCUGAGCUGUGGUCUUUCUACUGUAGCUAUCAGGGCACCAAUCUUCCUUGUGGCAUCAUCUGUAAAAUAGCUUAGAAUGACAAAACAUUGCUAUUGAAUACUGAUGCUGCUGAACGACCGAGCAAUACUACUUCUGCUUUGUAUAUAUCUCCUCUAAUUGAGGUUUGUGGCUAAAACAUGUAUAAUGUUGUAUUUUCCAAGAACAAAGAUGGUGGUUUCUUAGUACGAGACUCAAGCAAAGCUGGGAAGUACACCGUUUCUGUGUUCACCAAGGGCGGGUGAGUUUAUUUUCCCUUUCCCUUUCAUUGAGGGCAGGCAGACCGUGUACUGUGUACAGCAUCCUAAAUGGCACCCUAUUCCCUUUAUAGUCCACUACCUUUGACCUGGCCAUUUGGGACGCAUCCUGUGUGUAGGUCUAUCCACUAGUCAAAACUGUGAAUGCGUCCAAAAUGGUACGCUAUUCUCUAUGUAGUGCACUACUUUUGACCAUAGGGCUCUGGUCAAAAGUAGUGCACUACAUAGGAAUUGGAUGCAAUGUCAUAUGCAGACCAUGAAUGGACAGUCAAGAGAAGAACUGCUCAGCAGUAGAUAAUGAAAGCGGAAACAGUCGCCUGCAGAGGAAGAGAGAUGUAAACCAGGAUUAUUCUUUCUGCACUACCUUUUCAUAGGUCUUAGCCUGCGUCCUAAAUGGCUGAUGGGCUCUGGUCAAAAGUAUCACACUAUAUGGGGCAGGGGUAUUCAAAUCUGGAAUACUGCAGGUUUUCUUUUCUACCUGAUACAGCUGGUGUCCCAGGUCUAAAUCAGUCCCUGACUAGAGGGGAAGAAUGAGAAAAGGCAGUGGAACUGGCUUCGAGCUCCAGAUUUGAAUUUGAGGGAUAUAGGGAAUAGGGUGCCAUUUGGGAUGCAACCAAAGUGUCGGUGAACUGAGCACCUUGUUGUUACUUUUAUAUUCUCAGCCCAUGAAAAGAAACUCAUUUUUUUAAGGGACAUUACACUCCAAAAUCAAAGAUUCAGCUCUACACCAUAAUCCAAAAUGAACAGAAGAGAUAAGAACUAUGUAAUUUCUAGAGUUGCAGUGCUUAUCUUUUACAUUCAUUUGGGGUUGAGGCAUAUAGCUAGAUCUACACAACUGAUGGCGUGGGAUGUGGACUCAUCUUGGUAUUAGGCUACUUUUGAGGUCUGAAAACAUCUGACAAACCUUGAUUUUGGAGUGUUAUGUCUAUCCAUUUAACACAACCUAGUAACUCUACUCAAUCAAACCAAACCUAACUCUAUUCACUGUUCCCCAUUAGGGAGACUGCAGGUAGUUGCAGACACUACAACAUUUGCACCACCCAACAAGGCCAGUUCUACUUGGCAGAGAAGCACCAUUUCAGCAGCAUCCCAGACCUCAUUAACUACCACCAGCACAAUGCAGCAGGUACAACUCCAACUUUUGCAGAAUUGUCCAAUUUACCAGAAAUCCUGGUUGGAGGAUUCCAGAUUUCCUUUUUAUCCCCUACUGAUUCAGGGAAUCUUCCACCUGGGAUUUCUGGAAAACCAGGACAUUUUGGGAAACAAAUCGGAAACACAUCACUUCAUAUGCAUCUGUGUAACAGUACAGCUUCAUCAUAAUGUACCUUCAGAAAGUAUUCAUACCCCUUACAGCCUGAAUUCAAUAUGGAUUAAAUAUAUAUUUGUUCUCACCCAUCUAAACACAAUACAUCAUAAUGACAAAGUGAAAACAUGUUUUUAGAAUUUUUAGCACAUUUAUUGAAAAUUAAAUACUGAAAUAUCUCAUUUACAUAAGUAUUCACACCCCUGAGUCAAUACGUUGUAGAAGCACCUUUGGCAGAAAUUACAGGCUUUCUGGGUAAGUCUCUAAGAGCGUUCCAUACCUAGAUUGUGCAACAUUUGCCCAUUAUUCUUUUCAAAAUUCUGCAAGCUCUGGCCUCCCGAGUGGUGCAGCGGUCUAAGGCACUAUAGACCCAGGUUCGAUCCCAGGCUGUGUUACAGCCGGCCGUGACCAGGAGACCCAUGAAACGGCACACAAUUGGCCCAGUGUCGUCCGGGUUAGGGAAGGGUUUGGCCGGCCGGGAUUUCCUUGUCCCAUCACGCUCUAGCGACUCCUUGUGGCAGGCCGGGCAUCAGCAAGCUGACAUUGGUCGCCAGCUGGAUGAUGUUUCCUCCGACACAUUGGUGUGGCUGGCUUCCGGGUUAAGCGAGCAGUGUGUCAAGAAGCAGUGCGGCUUGGCAGGGUCGUGUUUCGGAGGACGGAUGGCUCUUGACUUUCGCCUCUCCCGAAUCCGUAGGGGAGUUGCAGCGAUGGGACAAGACUGUAACUACCAAUUGGAUAUCAAGAAAAAGGGUAAAAGUACAAAAAUAAUCUUCAAGCUCUGUCAAAUUGGUUCUUGAUCCUUGCCGUAGAUUUAAGUCAACAUUUGAACUCGGCCACUCAGGAACAUUCACUCUUCUUGGUAAACAACUCCAGUGUAGAUUUGGCCUUGUGUUUUAGGUUAUUGUCCUGCUGAUGGUGGAAAGCAGACAACCAGGUUUUCCUCUAGGAUUUUGCCUGUGCUUACCUCCAUUCCGUUUCUUUUUUUAUCCUGAAAAACUCCCCAGUCCUUAACGAUUACAACCAUACCCAUAACAUGAUGCAGCCACCGCUAUGCUUGAAAAUAUGGAGAGUGAUACUCAGUAAUGUCAUGUAUUGGAUUUUCCCCAAACAUAACACUUAAUAUUCAGGACAAAAAGUUAAUUGCUUUGCCACAUUAUUUGCAUUACUUUAGUGCCUUGUUGCAAAUAGGAUGCAUGUUUUGGAAUAUGUUUAUUAUGUACAGGCUUCCUUCUUUUCACUCCGUCAAUUAGGAUAGUAUUGUGGAGUAACUACACUGUUGUUGAUCCAUCCUCAGUUUUCACAGCCGUUAAACUCUUUAACUGUUUUAAAGUCACCAUUGGCCUCAUGGUGAAAUCCCUGAGUGGUUUUCUUCCUCGCCAGCAACUGAGUUAGGAAGGAUGCCUGUAUCUUUGUAGUGACUGGGUGUAUGGAUACACCAUCCAAAGUGUAAUUAAUAACUUCACCAUGAUCAAAGGGAUAUUCAAUGUCUGCAAUAGGUGCCCUUCUUUGCGAGGCAUUGGAAAAGCUCCCUGGUCUUUGUGGUUGAAUCUGUGUUUGAAAUACACUGCUCGACUGAGGGACCUUACAGAUAAUUGUAUGUGUGGGGUACAAAGAUGAGGUAGUCAUUCAAAAAUCAUGUUAAACACUAUUAUGCAACUUAUGUGACUUGUUAAGCAAAUAUUUACUCCUGAACUUUCAGCUUUUCAUUUUAUAAUUAAUUAGUAAACAUUUCAAAGAAACAAUUUCACUUUGAUAUUAUGGGGUAUUGUGUGUAGGCCAGUGACAAAAAAAAAUCUCAAUUUAAUAAAUUUUCAAUUCAGGCUGUAACACAACAAAAUGUGGAAAAAGUCAAGGGGUGUGAAUACUUUCUGAAGGCACUAUAUUGUCCAUCAUCUCCCAUUCCAGGUAUGGUCAGCAGGCUGAAAUACAUUGUGUCAAGUCGUGCACAAAAUGCCCCUUCCACAGCAGGGCUUGGGUAUGGUGAGUGUGUUCUUUAAAUACAUUCCUAUUGAGAGGGAAUUAUCUUUAUAGCCUGGUGGUCCGGUCUGUUUGUGUUUUGGCAGGCCGAAGAUAUAUAACUGUACAACUUGACAACAAUAAAAUAGUUGGCUAUGGCACAUACAGUGUGGGACCAGGCUAGUUGUCAGGGUUGAGUGUAGAGGUGGUGUAGAAUCAGGCGCAGGACACACAGAGGUUUCGAACAGCGUCUUUAGUAAAGUCCAAAAAACGAGCCACACACGGCAACAGGCUACAGGCGAACUUUACGCACAACAGUAAAGUAAGCUAAGGCGCACAAAGUGCGGAACUCUCUCUCAAAACACAAAAGUCAGAGAGAACAGAAUAAACGAACUAACACACAACGUGACAAGGAACAAUUACACACAACACCUGACCAAACACAAGAGAACUAAAUAGGACGCCUAAUAAACACUAAUAAGGAACAGGUGUAGCAAAACAGACAAAACCAAUCAAACAUAGAAACAUAGAACGGUGGCAGCUAGUACUCCGGAGACGACGACCGCCGAAGCCUGCCCGAACAAGGAGAAGGAGCAGCCUCGGCCGAAACCGUGACACUAGUGCAGUAACAUAAACAGUUAUGACUGAUUUUGAGAACGCUAGCUGUAGCUACUAACUUGAUUACGUUGUAAAUGUUCCUUCAAUUUGUUGUUUCAUCCUGCAGGGGUAUGGGAAAUUGACCCACGCCACCUCACCUUCAUCAAGGAGCUGGGCAACGGGCAGUUUGGAGUGGUGAAGUAUGGGAAGUGGCAGGGCCAGCAUGACGUGGCCAUCAAGAUGAUCAAGGAGGGCUCCAUGUCGGAAGACGACUUCAUAGAGGAGGCCAAAGUCAUGAUGUAAGCACAGCUCUCUCUAUCUCACAGGGAUGCAGUCAGUGGACUAAGGGGUUAAAUGUACUGAAUGAGUGCCCAAUUCCAAAUCAACCCCUAGCUCCUCCUACUGUAGGCACUUAUGUUGAUCCGAAAGGACUGGGAAUAUACAUUCAGAGCCAUAGAUAGAGAUAUAUCCAGAGGUACAAUAUACUGUAUAUAUGGUAACACCUCCACCUUAUCCUCUGCUGAAAUUCUCACCAUAUAGGGCAACAGUGUUGCUCAGUUUAACCCACAUAGGCCUACAACACAUGUUCAACCUCGUCUCUUUUCGCUUGAACCAGGAAGCUCCGCCACGAGAACUUGGUUCAGCUGUAUGGCGUGUGCACCAAACAAAGGCCCAUCUACAUUGUCACAGAGUUCCUCUCCAACGGCUGCCUGCUCAGCUACCUGCGGGAAGGCCUAAAGCUGCACAUGUCCCCUAUCCAGCUCCUGGAAAUGUGUAAGGACGUCACAGAGGGCAUGGCCUACCUGGAGGCUCAGCAGUACAUCCACAGAGACCUGGUAAGAGAUGUACUUAUAAGAUAUGAGUCAAAUGGCCUGGGUUUUGCAGUUUGAACUUUUGGGACUAUUCCACUGACUCCAUUCAUUUCAAACUAAAUCAGCAGGUUUGAUACUGAUUUGGUACUGUACUAUACUAUACUACACUAUACAAUACUGGGCUCAAAUAACAAAUUCUGUGUUCUUCUCAGGCAGCCAGAAACUGCUUGGUAGAUACCAAUGGGACCAUUAAAGUCACUGACUUUGGACUGUCAAGGUAAAGGCUGAAUGUUGUGCUUGAUUCUGGCAGCUUUUACAAAUAAUCACACACUGCAGAAAUACUUGACCAAUAAAUCAAAUCUACAGUUGAUUCUUACAGCAAUAUUAUGUAAUUCGAGCUACUUCUAUGACAAAUUGACAACUCUCCCUGUUAUUUCAGGUAUGUCCUGGAUGAUGAGUACACCAGCUCUGCAGGGUCCAAGUUCCCUGUGCGCUGGUCGCCUCCUGAGGUCCUGCUCUUCUGUAAAUUCAGCAGCAAGUCCGACAUCUGGGCUUAUGGUUAGUAAAGGCCACCUAUCUUAGCCGGGUCCCAGAUCUGUUUGUGCUGUCUUGUCAACUCUGUAUGGUCAUUAUAACACCAAUGAACAUAGGACUUAGCUAGAGCACACAGAUCUGGGAACAGGCUACACCUAUCCAGUCUUUAUUCACUAACUAUUGUAUUCCUCUGCUGAUAAUUGAAUACAUAUUGACAAGGUUACCUCGCUCUCCACAGGGGUCUUAAUGUGGGAGGUCUACACCUUGGGAAAGCUGCCCUACGAACGGUUAAACAACAAUGAGAUAGUGGACCAGGUGUCCCGAGGCCAUCGUCUCUAUCGCCCCCAGCUGGCCAAUGACAGAGUCUUCGCCAUCAUGACCAGCUGUUGGCUGGAUGUACGUACAGUAUAAAGUAGCCAGAAUAAUGCCUGGUCCCAGAUCUGUGAAUUCUGUCUUGCCAACUUUUAUGGUCAUUGUCAAGCCAAACAGCACAGUUCUGGGAUAAGGCUAGCUAUGUGGGGGUCAAAGAUAAUUGUCAGAGAAAUGGACAUAAAUGUCAGCUUGACAACUUGUAAUCUAAUUGUUUGCCCCACCCUCAUGUAUUGUAUCUCCUCUUGCGUUGACUGGCAGAAGGCAGACGAGAGACCCACCUUUCAGGAGCUGUCGGUGACUGUUCAGGACUUGCUGUAUGAGCUCCAGUAGAUCCAACCACCACAUUCUGAGAUUGAAACACAGUUCACAGACUCAUCCCUCUGGCAGAUACACUUCCUCAUGCAGAGAAGACUGAAGUCUUCAUCGCCUCAGGGCCUCAUCCAUUCUGGGCAUCAUCCAUUGGAGAAGUAGAUCAAACUGUUAAAGAAGUCCUGUGAGAGAGCUGAGAGAUGCUUUAUGGUUGAACAUGGGACUCCCAUGAUGAACUCCAGUAGAUAAAUAAAAUAUUUUCAUUUUAGUCAUUUAGCAGACGCUCUUAUCCAGAGCGACUUACAGUUAGUGAGUGCAUACAUUGUUUUUUUCCCAUACUGGCCCCCCGUGGGAAUCAAACUCACAACCCUGGCGUUGCAAGCGCCAUGCUCUACCAAUUGAGCUACACAGGACUAUUAUUUGAGGAAUGUAACCGUUGGUAAUUGAGAACAUGCUAGAUAUUAAAUGUUUUUCCUUAUUUAUUUAUUAUGUUUUCCUUUAUUACUAUCAUUGGUAAACUGCAUUCAAUAAAAUAUAUUAAAUAGGACUAUCU